UUGUUACUGUGGCACUGUAGCAAGAGCAAAGCAAAGUCGGAAUCAACAGAACCGACGAGUCCAGCAAUGCAACAGGAACCGGUCAUUAUUGUCGGAGCCGGCUCUUCGGGGCUGGCCAUGGCGGCUUGCCUUUACCACCACUCAAUCCCUUAUAUAAUUCUCGAAAGAGAGGAUUGCUCUGCUUCUCUAUGGAAGAAAUACACCUACGAUCGUCUCCAUCUUCACUUAGACAAACAAUUCUGCCAGCUUCCUCAUAUGUCGUUCCCCGACACUUACCCCAGAUUCAUCUCCAAGCACCAGUUCAUUAGCUACUUGGACGAUUACGUUUCUCGUUUCAAGAUCAGCCCUCUGUACCGGAGAACCGUCGAGUCGGCCGAGUUCAAUGAAGCGACCGGGAAGUGGACCGUUAAGGCCAGGAGUUUUGGGUCCGGCGAGGUAGAGGAGUUCAUUGGGAAGUUCUUGGUGGUGGCUAGUGGCGAAACGACCAAUCCUUUUACGCCUGAGAUUGAAGGAUUGGAUGCUUUCCCCGGUGAUGUUCUUCAUUCAACGCAGUUUAGAAAUGGCAAGGCUUUUAAAAACCGAAAGGUUUUGGUUGUGGGAUCGGGCAAUUCCGGGAUGGAGAUCGCAAUUGAAUUGGCAAAUCACGGUGCAGAAACGUCUUUAGUUGUCCGAAGCCCGGUUCACAUUCUUUCAAAGGAUAUGAUUUACUGGGGGUUGAUUCUGUUGAAGUAUAUACCAGUUAAUAUGGUGGACGCAUUGUUGGUUAUGCUUAGCAAGCUUGUUUACGGAGACCUGACCAAGUAUGGAAUCCGUAGGCCCGAGGAGGGUCCAUUAUCCAUGAAAGAUGCUUAUGGGAAGUACCCUGUUCUUGAUUUAGGUACCUGUCAGAAGAUCAAGUCCGGGGAGAUCCAGGUUUUGCCAGGUAUAUCAAUCAUAAGAGGCAAUGAGGUGGUGUUUGAUAACGGAGAAACUCAUCCCUUCGACACAAUCGUCUUCUGCACCGGCUUCAAGCGGUCCACAAAUGUCUGGCUCAAGGGAGAUGAUUGCCUGCUGAAUGAUGAUGGAAUUUCAAAGGCGAGCUUCCCAAACCACUGGAAGGGAAGGAACGGUUUGUACUGUGUUGGACUGUCGAGAAAAGGGCUGUAUGGAGCAGCUGGUGAUGCAAUGAACAUAGCUGAUGAUAUCAACUCACUUCUGUAACAAAAUGUUUCCUUUCAGCAAUGAAUAACACAUACCAAGUAGAACACAAAUAUGUGAAAGGGUGCCUACGUACACAUGCAAUCAUCCAUAUCUGAAUGGACGUGUCAACAGACGCAAAAAGAAUGAUCCAUG